AUGCAGCAGUAUAACAGUUACGAUGGAGCAACAAGCAACGUUGAAAUGAGGUCGCUUGGGCAGACCCCUCCAACAUCGUUCGGCCCAGCGAACCCAGGCAAUUCACUCAAAGUUUACAUGGACGAAUGCGAAUCCAUUAGAUUCUAUGUCGAUAAUGAGAUAAAUGGCCGGCUCAAGGACCUAAAGAUUGCGCAGAGGCGAGUCCUGAACGAAGUCGACACGUCAAGCGGGACCUCAUCCAAGCAAGCACUAGAACAGGAGUCGGCGAGCAUCAUGAGCUCUUUUCGGGACUUGACGUUGCGCGUCCGAAAAGUGAGGUCGGCCCCCCAGGGUCGGGCCGGGGCUCUUGCAUUCCACGCAGAGGAAGCCAAGAAGAAGGUCGAGCUUGCGCUUAAUGCCUAUCGGAAACAAGAAAAAGAAUACAGUGACGAUAUGCAGGCUCAGAUGGUACGCCAAUACCUCAUCGUGAGACCAAACGCCACAGAGGAAGACAUAGCCGCAAUUGUCGAGAACGCCAGUGGCCCCUCGGCCAUCUUCGAACAGUCGCUCAUGAACGGAAACCGACUGGGCGAGGCGAAUAGUACGCUAAACAGAGUCAGACAACGGCAAGCCGAAUUGGAAAAGAUCGAGAGGACUAUGGCCGAACUGGCCAGGUUGUUUAAUGACAUGGCAAUACUGGUCGAGCAACAAUCAGCCCAAGUGGCAGAAGUUGAAAAGACCGUGGUUCAGACUAAUGAUAACCUGGUGGAGGUGGUUAGCGAGACAGGCCAGGCUGUUACUUCGGCAGUAUCAAGGCGUAAGAAGAAGUGGAUUUGCCUCGCUAUUUGCGUUGCUAUCGUUGUCGUUAUUGCUGCUGCUGUGGGUAUUUACAUUGCUGUCAAUCGUGCCGCGAGUGGUGCAGGUGGCAACAAGCGCAAUGUCCAGCGAAGUGUUUCCGACGAUGUCGUGAUGCAUACAGCUCGCGCUGUCGGAUUUUCUAGCGAGCCUCCGGUUGCUCGUGUCUAUGCACAAUCUAAGAUUGUCGUUCCCAGCAGCGGCCGAACUCAUCGUCUAGCUCUAAAGAGGCAUCUCAACAGUCGGCGAUACAUGCUUCCAGACGACUUGACGGGCGAGAGCGACACAUCUGUCGAGAAGUGA